AUGGGUGAGAGAAUUCUUGCUCACGAUGUACGUUCGCUUUCCGACCCUAGUUAUAUGCGAGGCGUGCACGCGGUAUCCCUACGACCCCGAUGGCUAGCUCAGAUUGUUACUACCUACUCAUCUCAAUCUGUUUCUAUCUAUCUAUCUAUCUAUCUAUCUAUCUAUCUCAGUCUGUUCAUAUCUAUCUAUCUACCUACCUAUCUAUCUAGCUAUCUAUCUAUCUCGCUAGCUAUCUAUCUAAUUCUGUUCAUAUCUAUCUAUCUCAUCUGUUCAUAUCUAUCUAUCUACCUAUCUAUCUAUCUAUCUAUUUAUGUAUCUAUCUAUCUAUCUAUUUCAGCCUGUCCAUAUCUAUCUAUUUUUGUAUCUCAAUUUGUUACUAUCUAUCAAGCUAUCUCAAAUUUUUACUACCUAUUCAUCUCAAUCUGCUCCUAUCUAUCUAUCUAUCUAUCUAUCUGUCUAUCUAUCUAUCUAUCUAUCUAUCUAUCUAUCUAUCUAUCUCAGCCUGUCCAUAUCUAUCUGUCUAUUGUCGCACCUACUAAUAUGACUAUUGACUCAAGUGUUUAUCUCUCAACACAUACGCCGUCCCACAACACAAUCUAUCUAUCUAUCUAUCUAUCUAUCUAUCUAUCUAUCUAUCUAUCUCAGCCUGUCCAUAUCUAUCUAUCUAUCUAUCUAUCUAUCUAUCUAUCUAUCUAUCUAUCUAUCUCUCUUCACAAACGAAUUUACAGCACAAAAGAGUUCCAUAAAUCGAUAAAUCUCUUCGUGCGCCUCUCUCUCUCUCUCUCUCUCUCUCUCUCUCUCUCUCUCUCUCUCUUCCAAGACAUAUUGUUACGAUGGUUACCUUCAGAUAGACUCUUCUUGAUCUCAUCACUCAAAUCAGCAGUGUAUUUGUUGGCCUUUGUUGAAGCAAUUUAUUUUGUCAUGCAAAAGAACUCUUCUCAGGUCAAGACGCCAUUUAAUAAACUGCUAUGA